ACCUCAAGCUGGGGCAAAAAGGUAGCAGAGCGGAAGGAGAAGUUAAGGACUGAGCUGCUUUGCAGUUCAGUGUUUGAAAGUGAGCAGCCAACCUAACAAGAAGCAAAAACCACAGAGCAGAGAACCACAUUGUCUUUCUGUUCACUUCGUUUCACAAAAACAUCCAGGCUCUUCCUAUGUUUCUCUCUUACCACCUUUCUCUCUCUCUCUCUUCUUCUUUUUUUUUUUAAUUUCACAGAUGCCACUGGGGUAGGUAAACUGACCCAACUCUGCAGAACUCAGGACGAACAGAAGACUUCUACUUGAGCAGUUUUUCCAUCCCUGCUAUGUGCAGGAAAUGAAGACAUUGCCUGCCAUGCUCGGAAUUGGGAAAUUAUUUGGGGUCUUCUUCCUAAUCCCAUAUCUGGACAUCUGGAGAAUCCAUGGGACAGAAUCAUGUGAUGUACAGCUUUACAUAAAGAGACAAUCUGCAUACUCGGUCUUAGCAGGAAAACCCUUUAACCUGCAAUGCCCUGUGAAAUACUGUGCUCACAGGCCUCAUGUGACUUGGUGCAAGCUCAAUGGAACAAAAUGUUUACCACUUGAAGAUGGACUUCAGCGACACACAAGUUGGAAAGAAGAAAAGAACAUUUCAUAUUUUAUUUUACAUUUUGAACAAGUGCUUCCUAGUGACAGUGGGUUAUACCGCUGUUCUGCACAUUUUUCAUUUCAUCUCAUUGAAAGCCACUCAACAACUGUUUAUGUGAGAGGAAAGCAAAAUGAACUUUCUGACACAGCAGGAAAGGAAAUUAUCCUGGUUGAUGUUCCCUUUAAAAGUGAGAAAACAGAAGCAAGCACCAGGCAAAAUUCCCAAGUAUUGCUAUCAGAAAGUGGAAUUUAUGAUAAUGACCCUGACCUUUGUUUCAGGAUGCAGGAAGGGUCUGAAGUUUAUUCUAAUUCAUGCCUGGAAGAAAACAAACCGUGCAUUGUUUAUGCUUCCCUGGACCAUUCCAUCAUUGGAGUGAACUCAAGACACGCAAGACCUGUGAAAGAAGCACCAACAGAAUAUGCAUCCAUAUGUGUGAGGAGCUAAGUCUAUUUCUGACUCCAACAGGGGGCAUUGAAUGACCAGCAUGUCAACAUCAUUGUCUGGGCCCAACAGGAUGUCAAAUAAUAUUUCUCACUUUGAGAAUUUUUACUUUAAAAAUGUUCAUGUUAGUCCUUGGGUCUUAAGGGUCCAUAGGACAAAUGAUUAAAAUUUCUCCCAGAAACUUAUUUGGGAGCUUUUUAUAUUAUAACCUUGAACAAGAAAAUCUCUCCAAAACUGAUUGAUAUCAUGAGUAGCAGAAUAGUAGAACAUUUAAACUUAGCUCCAAUUCACCCAGUAUACAAACUCAAUCUUGCUUUUGAAGCUAUUGGAAAGACUUGUAGGGAAAAGAGGUUUGUGUUAUCUGGAUCAGUUUACUACACACUCUUGAAAACAAAAUGUCCCAAUUUGACUAACCAACCAUAAAUAUAGUAAUGAUUUUAUAUUUCAAGUCAAUCUUUCAUGAUAAGAAAUGUUUUCUCUGUCAAUCUAAGAAUGGUGUUUCUUAAAUGCAAAGGAGAAAUCAUUUUAGACUUGAUGUAAGAAAAUGAAAAGAAUAAAUGGUGCAAUAAAAAUAUAGAAUAUACCAACUAGAUGCAGAGUAGAUGUUCCCCAUACCUGGCAAGCAAAUGCUUGUAUCUACUCCGUGAGAUUGAUAGACAAAUAUGAGUAUUAGUGGAGCAGUCAACGUAUAGUACAUUGAUGAAUAAAGUAGUGACUCACUGUUUGGGUCACAUAGACUGAUGGAUAAGAAUGUGACAUAAUGCUGCUGAAUUGAUAGACUUGUGGGCAUCCGAAUAGCUUAGAAGUUAGUCAGAAUAGGUAUUAUUGGGCAAGUGAAGACUGAUAGCUUAAACUGCUUCAUGCUUGACUUGAUAGCAAGUUAAAGUGCAAUUAAUGGAAUGGAGGAAAACCCAGAAUAUUUAAUUGGUCAGCUGGGGUCAAUACGCUCUCAUUCACCACAUCUGCUUCUUGCUGUUAUUCUUACUAAGGAAUCAGGGCAAAUUAUCUGUAGUGACAUAUUUUAGUUUGCUAAUCAUUUAUUUUAAAAUACUGAGGUUGCAGCCACUUAAGAGCACAGCAAAGAUGGAUUCCAAUAUUUGGAAUUUCCAAAGUACUUGAGUUAAAUUAUUUCAAAAAUAGCCUAUAACUUUAUUCAACAGUUUGAGGCGAUUAGAAUUCUCAGGUGCUGCUACUGAAUAAUGUAAUAGUCUUUAUACAAAGUGGGUAGCAAAAGUUAAAAUCCACUUGAACAAAUAUGUGGGUUGAGCUGCUGCACAAAUGAAUGUGAUCUCUGUGUGUGUGUGUUUGUGUGUGUGAGCGUGCGUACGCCUGUGUGUGUGGUGUAUAUUUUAGGUGGGGUGGGUGACAACAGAAAUGGUGCAUGAUCAAGUUGAUAUUACAUUUUCAGUUUCCUUUUGAAGCUCAAAAUACUAGAUUAAAUGUGUCAUUAAAGAAAAUAAUGUGUGAAAUUAUGGAGUGGAGAGUGUAAGUGGGGUAAACAUAUAGGAAGACAAAACCGGGGUUUUGUGGUGGAGAGAGUUUCUUAUAUAACACUGGCAUUACGUUUUAGCUCCUUAGAUCUGGGAGUGCAGAUAUUCUUUUGAGUCACUGUUAUUUAGCCAAUGACACCUAGAAUUUUAAGCAACCACUUCUAGAUAGGCUCUUUUAGGCAGGCUGCACUUGUGGACGACUUAUGUAAGAAAGACAUAUUAGAAUUGCUGCUUGUGGUAUUCUUAAAAAUAGAAACAGGAAAUAUGGGGAGGAUACAUUUAGCUGUCCUCUUAUCAGAUGAACACACAAAGCUGAACAGUUCCUUCAUGAUUCUCUCAAACUUAAAAGCAAAAUAUUUCUGUCUUAUUUAGAAUAUUCUUAGUAUGUCUUACAGUAAAGAUAAUGCUGAUAAUGAUUUAAUCUCUGUGAUUUAUUAACAUAUUUGUACUGUUUGCCAAAAUCACACAUCAUUCAUGUUUUUACUCCUUUUCAAAGUGGUGUCAGAGAUAUAUAUGCAUUUUCCCAAAUGAAUCUAUUUCACUAUUAUUUACAUGGCUUAUUUCCUUAAUUUAUAAUGGUUUGAGCAACAGAAUAUGUAGAUAAUUUAAUGGUUUUUCACAAAUUUUAGGCUUGUUGAUUGUUCUCAAUAAGAAGGUAAAGUUAUUAAAACUGAUUUGGAAUCAA